UGUCACCACUCACUCUAAGCACGAAGCUAUUAUUUUCCCUCCUUUUUGAAGAAGAGGAUACGAAACUGGGCUGGUAUUCGUGUAAAUGGGCCGAAUUGACCGCCCCAGAUUUAAAAUGGACCGCAUAAGCCCAAAAUUGGAAAUUUAUAUUCUCGGUUCACUGAUAACGUGGUAGACCAGUUCCACGAAACGAUUACAAGCCACGUCGAAAUUUCUCUGCUACACCUCUCCAGCUAAGCAGUAUCUCGGAUCCGCUCCACAGUUUCAACUUUCAACACUAUGCUUUGCUUUUUUCCUCCUUUCCACUCAUCCACCGUUACUAAAUUAAUCCCCAUAAAACCAACGGUAAAGAUUGAGAAGGACGAAAGCUAAAGAAUCAGCGUUGUAUCGGAUCAGAUGCCACGUCAUCCACCGAGAAUAUCGCUGUUGCAGCAUCCGCGCACGUUUCCUCUCGUUCGUUCGCCUCCACUUCGCACGAUCGUCUCCUCCGUUUCUCCCCCCCACUCCCCCUCCUCAAACCCCAACACCCCCAAAACCCUACGACGCGAUCUCCCUCGUCGGAUCCUGAUCCUAGGGUUUUGCUCUCUCCUCUCAUCCGGAGCCUCCACGCGGCGGCGACGGCGGCUGCGCCGGCGGGGGAGGUGGCUGCAAUGGACCGGUUCCGGGCGGCGAGCCCGGUGUACGGGCGGCAGAGGAGCGGCGGGUCGAGCAGCACGGGUUCGUCGUCUCCGGGAGGGCUCUCGCCGGGGCGCUACCGCCGGUCGCCGUCGGCGGCGGCGGCGGGGGGCGGCGGAGCCCCGAUCUCCGGGGUCAGGAGAACGCAGAACGUGGCGGCGAGGGCUGCCGCGGCGCGCCUCGCGCAGGUGAUGGCCUCGCAGGGCGCCGGCGCUGGUGAUGACGACGACGACGACGGCGAGGAGCUCCCGGCGUUCGGCGCGGCGCUGAGGUACGGCGCUGGUCGCCGUGGGGCGGUGGCGAGCAGCAAUGGCGGCGGUGCUGGGGCUUCAUUGUUGCGGGGGCCAAACCGAGCUACCUCACCUGCGUUAGGUCAGAACUUUGUAGAGCAUACUACAGCAAACCGCACUACAGCAACCGAAAGGCCAUCAGUCUCUGUUCGUACAGCAACGGUGGUGCCACCAAUUACAACACCUGUGAGAACCCAAUCUCCUACUCCAGCAGCUACUCCAGCAGCGGACCCUCCAGCUGAUAAGCAUAGGCAGAAAAGGUUUCCAGCAGAUAGAACUCAUCUAAACUCAAGAGAAACAGAUCAACGUGAGGCUUCUGCACUUCAAGAUGAGCUUGAUAUGCUACAAGAAGAGAAUGAGAACAUUCUUGAAAAGUUGCGACUUGCUGAAGAAAGAUAUCAGGAAGCAGAGGCCCGAACCAAGGAACUUGAGAAGCAGGUUGCUGCAUUGGGAGAAGGGGUAUCUUUGGAGGCUCGACUCUUGAGCAGGAAGGAAGCGGCUCUCCGUCAGAGAGAGGCCGCUCUUAAGGCUGCCAAGGAUACAAAAGAUGGAAGAUAUCAGGAAAUAUCAGCAUUAAGGCUUGAAUUAGAGUCUGCUGAGAAAGAGGUUGCAACUGCCACUGAGCAGCUAAGAGAAGCUGAAUCUGAAACAAAGGCUCUUCGUUCAAUGACACAACGAAUGAUCUUAACUCAGGAAGAGAUGGAAGAAGUUGUUCUUAAAAGGUGUUGGCUUGCACGCUACUGGGGUUUAGCUGUUCAAUAUGGCAUCUAUCCAGAGAUUGCGGUGUCAAAGCAUGAAUACUGGUCAUCAUUUGCUCCUCUUCCACUUGAAGUUGUCAUUUCUGCUGGCCAGAAGGCUAAGGAAGAAUCGAACAAUCAAGAUGAAGUUGUUCAUGACAGAAGCAAUAAAAUUUCACAUGAUUUGAGUGACGUAAAUGCGGAAGGCAAUAUAGAGAGCAUUCUCUCAGUUGAGAUGGGUCUCAGGGAACUUGCAUCUUUGAAGGUGGAAGAUGCUGUCAUCGUUGCAUUGUGUCAACAUCGCCGACCGAACUUAGUUCAAAAUUUCACUUCAGAUUUCAAAGCACCUGGCGAGCCCAAAUUUUUCGAGUCAUUUGAACUAAACCAAGAGGAGGCAGAAGAUGUUUCUUUCAAGCAGGCGUGGCUAAUAUAUUUCUGGAGAAGAGCCAAAAAUCACGGUGUGGAAGAGGAUAUCGCCGAAGAGAGGCUUCAAUUUUGGAUCGAUCGCAGCACUCAAACAGCAACUUCCCAUGAUGCUGUUGAUGUGGAGAGAGGUUUAACGGAAUUGAGGAAGUUGGGUGUCGAGCAGCAACUGUGGGAAGCCUCCCGUAGAGAAAUAGGUCAAAAUCCUUUAGCCGCCGAUAACUCUUAGCAACGAGUUCGAGCCAUUUCAGUUGCCCUAAUUCCAUUAUGACAAUGUAUGUAAUAGUGAUCCGGCACGCAACUUUUUCCGACCUUCUUAGCUUGUUUUUUUGUCUGAGUUUGUGUAAUCUGCUGAUCCUUUGGUUCCCUUGCUGUGUUAUAUAAAUCUGUAAAUUGUGUAAACUGAAGGCCUUAUACUGUGUACGGUUUUUUGCUACCAUUUAUAAUUACCAAUGAAGUGUUUUUAGUUUUA